CUGCACGUUGGAUCUGGGCUCUGAAGGGACCCCCCUUGCCUCCUGCUGGCACUGACUCUGCCGCCCGGCUCCCAGAGCCCUGUGAGCCCCGUGUAAAUUUUCCUUUGCAGCUCUACACGGGAAAUACGCUUAACCCGCCAGGAGUGGGUGGGACUGCAGGUGACCUGAGCAUUCGCCCAGCCCCAACGCUUAGUCUGAUUGGCGGGAAGGGCUGCACACUACCUCCCCUGCCCCGCAGCCACAGAGGCACACGGGUGGAGGGUCCCACGUGGUGGGCGCUGCUCGGGAGGGGAGCAGCUCUGGGAGGUGCCCCCGAGGGUGCUGUUAUGCAGCAGCAGCGAUGUAAGCGCUAGAUGCCUGACGGUCCUCGGGCCUGGCCCUUGGCACGGUGACAGCAGCUUCUCACAAGCCAAGUCUUUCUUACGUGCCUGAGGAAUCUCCGUGACCAUCUGAGGAGCCCCUGAAGCCCUCUCUUCCUCUCUGUGUUUCUUCGGUGGUGCCCGUCUCGAAAGUUGCUGUGUCUCAUUUCCCUGUCAGGACGGGCAAGACCAGGCUGAGGCAGUUUGGGAAACGGCAGCGGCACUGCGGGCGGCACGGGUCCGAAAGUGCGCCCCAGUAGCGGUCAAAAGCUGCACCAUCGGGAUGGUUCUCCGGCUGUGGAGCGACACGAAGAUCCACCUGGAUGGAGACGGUGGAUUCAGCGUGAGCACAGCAGGAAGGAUGCACAUAUUUAAGCCUGUGUCUGUCCAAGCCAUGUGGUCCGCCCUGCAGGUGCUUCACAAGGCCUGCGAGGUGGCACGAAGGCACAACUACUUCCCCGGGGGCGUGGCUCUCAUCUGGGCCACCUACUACGAGAGCUGCAUCAGCUCCGAGCAGAGCUGCAUCAACGAGUGGAACGCCAUGCAGGACCUGGAGUCCACGCGGCCAGACUCCCCGGCGCUGUUUGUCGACAAGCCAACCGAAGGGGAGAGGACGGAGCGCCUCAUCAAAGCCAAACUCCGGAGCAUCAUGAUGAGCCAGGACCUGGAAAACGUGACCUCCAAAGAAAUCCGCAAUGAAUUAGAGAAACAGAUGAACUGUAACUUGAAAGAAUUUAAGGAAUUCAUAGACAACGAGAUGCUCCUUAUCCUGGGACAGAUGGACAAACCCUCCCUCAUCUUCGAUCACCUUUAUCUCGGCUCUGAAUGGAAUGCAUCCAAUCUGGAGGAACUGCAGGGCUCAGGGGUUGACUACAUUUUAAAUGUUACUAGAGAAAUCGAUAAUUUUUUCCCUGGCUUAUUUGCAUAUCAUAACAUCCGCGUCUAUGACGAAGAGACGACAGAUCUGCUCGCCCACUGGAACGAAGCGUAUCAUUUCAUAAACAAAGCGAAGAGGAACCAUUCCAAGUGCCUGGUGCAUUGCAAGAUGGGCGUCAGUCGGUCCGCGUCCACCGUCAUCGCCUACGCCAUGAAGGAAUUCGGCUGGCCCCUGGAGAAGGCGUAUAACUACGUGAAGCAGAAGCGCAGCAUCACGCGGCCCAACGCGGGCUUCAUGCGGCAGCUGUCUGAGUACGAAGGCAUCCUGGACGCCAGCAAACAGCGACACAACAAGCUGUGGCGGCAGCAGACAGAGAGCAGCCUCCAGCCGCCUGCGGAUGGCCCUGGGGGACCUGGCAGCUUCUCACCAGAGACCUUGGACAGCACCCUGGAGACCCGGCUGCCCUGCCUGGAGGACACGGGCCAGCCCGGCUUCCCGGGCAUCAGGGCGCCUGGAGGGCCCGCUCUCCCCUGCUGCUUCCGGCGACUCUCAGACCCCUUCCUUUCUCCCCCCGACGGUGAAACCGGCAGCUCAGCCCAGCUCGAGGGCCUCGAGAGGGACGCGCUUUCGGAGGACGCAGCCCAGCCAGCGGAGGCACACGGGACAGCCAGGCGUCCCCAGGAGGGCCCCGGUCUCUGCGAGAGGGACACCAGGAGGAAACUAGAGUUCGGGAGCCCUGCAGCCCGGAGGGGCUCCUUGCCACAGGCGGAGGAGAUGGACAGGGACGAUGGCCCAGCACCAGGGAGGUGGGGGCGGCCCCCAGCCCAGCUCAACCGGGAAAACCUGAACAACAACAACAGCAAGAGGAGCUGUCCCGAUGACUUUGAGCACGAUGCUAUAUUCGGGAUCCUUAACAAAGUGAAGCCUUCCUAUAGAUCCUGCGCCGACUGCAUGUACCCUCCAGCCAGCGGGGCCUCGGAGGCCUUCCGGGAGCGAUGUGCGGACCCCGCCGCCCCUGCCAUCUGCACCCAGCCUGCCUUCCUGCCCCACGUCACCUCUUCCCCUGUGGCCCUCACUGCCAGCCGGGCCCGGGCUCUGGAGAAGCCGGCUUCCGGCCCAGCCGAGACUGCCCCACUCCCACCGCCAGCCGGCUCGCGGAGGCCGGACACCAGUGGCUCUGGGGCCGCAGCUGCCCCAGAGCUCCCAGCCAGCCUUUUGGAACCUUCCAGAGAGGCCCCAAAAGUCCUGCCAAAGUCCCUCCCUCUGAAGAAUUCUCACUGUGAUAAGAACCCUCCCAGCAUGGAGGUGGUGAAGGAAGAGUCGCCGCCCAGGAAAGACCCGAAGCCUGCUAAGGACCUGCGGCUCCUGUUCAGCGUUGAGGCCGAGAAGCCGGCGGCCAGCAGCUACCUGAUGCAGCACCAGGAGUCCAUCAUCCAGCUGCAGAAGGCGGGCCUGGUCCGCAAGCACACCAAAGAGCUGGAGAGGCUGAGGAGCGCGCCCGCGGACCCGGCGGCCCCCUUCCGGGACUGCGCGGCCGGCAGGCUGGAGCCCAGCAUCCCCGAGGAGGGCCAGGGCCCCGCCGCUCUCUGGGCGCCGGGGCCCCUGCCUUUCCCCAGCCUCACCGCAGCCGCCGGGAGCGACGGGAAAGCAGAGGCUGCCCCCCUUCCCCUGGACGGGGCCUCGCUGAGGAGCCCCCCUGCCUUCCUCUGCCGCCUGGAUCACACCAGCCACUUCUCGAAGGACUUCCUGAAGACCAUCUGCUACACGCCCACCUCCUCGUCCAUGAGCUCCAACCUGACCCGGAGCUCCAGCAGCGACAGCAUCCACAGCGUCCGCGGGAAGCCGGGGCUGGUGAAGCAGCGCACGCAGGAGAUCGAGACCCGGCUCCGGCUGGCGGGCCUCACCGUCUCGUCCCCGCUGAAGCGCUCGCACUCGCUGGCCAAGCUCGGGAGUCUCAACUUCUCCACGGAAGACCUCUCCAGCGAGGCCGACCCGUCCACGGUGGCCGACUCCCAUGACGCCACCAUGAGCGAGUCGUCCUUCCUGCACGAGCCCCAGGCCACCCCGAGGAACCCACCUGCCACCUCCAAACCAUCAGGGACAUCUGCCCCGGAAAACUUGAAGAGCCCCUCCCGGGCGAGCAAAAGCUGACCCUCCUGCUGCGCUGGGACGCGAGUUUCCAGAUGACCCCUCCCGUCCUUUCCCUGCGGGUGUGGGCCGGCCCCUUCCAUCUUGACUUCCCUUAAACGGUUCCCCCUCUUGCCAGGGAGAGGAGGAGGGGAGACGAAAAUAACGAACUUGUAGCGCAAGAAGAAAGGGGAGCUGUCAGCCGUGUGGCCUGGGAGAACCAGAAACCACGAGCUCGCAGCCGCAAGACCCGCUCCCGAGUCCCGCGUUUUCGAGAAGAAUCGAGUCUUGGGCAGGACGUGCGCGGACGCGCGCCCACGUGCAAACCGUUCCGUUUGCAGCAUGCAGGAAGAGAAGUCGUGGCCAUGGCGGCGUCGCCGCGGGAGACGUUCUAGCUCAUUCGUGGCCCUCUCGGAAAACUCUCAGAUGGCGACAUAAGUCCUACCUCUCUGUUCUUGCUGUGCUUUUUUUUAUUUUUUAAAUACAAGAAUGACCAAGGCUCGUUCCAGGGAAUGAUGCUGUGUUAGAAAGGGUUUUUCCAAAAAAAAAAAAAAAGAAGAAUUUUCUAGUGUUCUGCGUUUUGGUUGGCAGCCCAGAUCGUGCCGAGACUUUUAACGCGACGGCACCAGACACGGCAAGGUGGAGUCACCAGGCGGAGGCGUCCCGUGCAGUGGCGGAGCGCGCUCUGUCCUGGUGCCGCUGCUGCUGCAGCUGGGCGCCGCGUGUUUGACCAGCACAGGGUUCAGGUGGGGAAAAUGUGACCGUGUGAUGGUCUCAGCCGUCGCUAAUGCUGAAGUUGAAAGUGCCCCAGGUAGAGGGGAAGGGCCCCUCAGGCUUCGUGAGCCUUUAGGUUUUGAAAGUGCUCAAGUGUCCUGCUGGGAGCCCGGAUGCUCCGGCUCGUUUUUUGCCCUGUCUAUUCACGUUUGGGGAGAGAAUGGAGAUGUCAGCGGUUCCCUCUGAGAGGAGUGAGGCCGUUGACAAGUGGCACAGGUGUUCACAGUGGCCCUUGCUGCAGAGAGAAUACUGCUUCCUGCUGCUCCCCAGCAGCCAAGAUGACGAUGGUAAUGAGGAGUCUGUCGCCUGGCCUCACCUCUCUGGGUGGCCCCUUUCAGAGCCAGGUGAGCUCGGCCUCGGGCUCUGGGCUCGAACCGAACCGGAGGACUCAUCUGGCCUCAGUCGGCAAGACAGAAUGUUAAGAAAGCAUUUUGAAGAGAGAGAGCAGCAGCUCAGUAGAAAGAAGACAGGAAGGUCCAAUUCAGGGUUAUCAGCAAACUAUCGUGUAUGCGCCCUCCCCCCCCCAAGAAUGGUUUUUGCAUUUUUGCAGGGUUGUUAAAAAAAAAAAAAAGAAAUAAUAUGCAACAGAAACCACAUGGCCCACAAAGCCUAAGAUAAUUUACUGUCAGGUCUGUUACAAAGUUUGCUGCCCCCUGGUUUUCUGUGACAACACAGGGCUGCCCUUGGUCCUGCAGAAGAAACAGCAGAUUUGAAGACGACCUCUGCCUCCUGGACCCCUGACCCUUCCCUCCUCCCAGCUCCAGGCCUUGCCAGCCCACCCGAGCUUGCCUCGCCCAUGCAGGUGGAGAAGUUGUUUGUGUGAGGGACCGUGGGGGGCACACCGUUGGCUGGAGCUUUCCCGAAAUCCCAUCUUGCCCUCCUCUGGGUCUGCCAGAUUAGCUCAGUGAAACCGGGAAAGCCUUCAAGGCCAGCCAAAUCCUGAAAGUGGGUGAGUGAGUUGCCAUCUUGCACUGGUCGGAACCGGGUUCCCCAAAGCAGGCCGUUCUGGAAAGCCCCCCAGGCGGGAUCUUCAGGAACUAGGCAAGGUCAUAGUUCAGCCCACAGGUAGAGCUUUUGCAAAAAUCCUUUCUCCUGGAACUGUUUCUCCCUGGUAUGAUUCUUCAUCUUCUUCUUCUUUUUUUUUUUUUUUAACAUACUUUAUUUUACUUUCUAGCAAUUUGUUUCCCAUUAGUGUCAAUUGAAAGCACCUUAAAAGGUGAUUAUCCACUUAUUCUUGAAAUCCCUGUGGGUUUUUCCCCCUCUCAGCCAACAAGAGCACGGUCUCAAAAAAAAAAAUACCAAGUUCAGUACGUUUUGCCAAAUUAAAUUUUAUGGGACAGAUCAGUUGUGUCAAAAUAAUCCCAUAAAUGUGGUGGUGAUGACAGGCUGAUGUUGGUUUUUUUUUAACCAUGUCUGUGUAUGGGAGUGAUAUAUUUUUGAAAACUUUAAUUUCCAAAGCCAUAAUUUUUCUUAUCCAGUUAAAAAGUCGGAGUAGAGGGGAAGAUUUCAAAUACAAGUGGGUCGUUUUGGCUUUUGGCAAACUUAUCCAUUCAUUUUCGGGAGGACAGCUAGUAUAUCGACAUCUAAAUGUCCCCAUCAUCAGAACAAAAUGAAGCAUUCUUGAUUUGGUGGUAAAUACUCUGGCCUGGGAAAAAGGUCGGUCAAAGAUUUUUUUCUGGAGUCCCAAAUAAGCUGCACGUAAACAUAUGGCAAAUGACUAUUUGAAAUGUUAUGUGAACCAGACAAGAGCGUUCUGCCAGGCUUGGGGGCACCUUGGCAAAGACAAAUUCAUACUGGUCCCAGAAAAGAAAGUUUGUCCUAUAAGAUAUCCCUUAGCUUGGUGGAUGCUUUGUGUGUAAUCUUAGCCGAUAGAGAAAAUUCCAAACAUAAGUGGCACAAGAAAGAGGCAGGCAGAGGUUUGUGCUGUGCAAGUCAUUGAUUGGUGUGUGUGUGUGUGUGUGCAUGUGUGUUUGUCAUUUUCAUCAAAUGCCUUUGUUGAUUUGGAAAAAAAGGAAGAUUUUCUAAAUCAGCUUGAUACGCUGUGUAUUUCCACUGCAUUUCAUCUUCCACCUCACCUUAAUUGGUGUGGCAUGCCAAAAGUGAGACACCUUGCCAUAACAGGAAGGUCUUGUCUUCGAGGUUUUUUAAGUAUAACGGGGUCCCAGAGAGGAAGAACCAGGCUGCCUUCUGACCGUGAUUGGACAGUGCCGAUUUCCAUCGCUUUGUCCCGUAGCUACUUCAGGGCCUUCCAGCAGUAUCCCGGCUGCAGGAACUUCCUAAGAACGCGGUUUCUUUCUCUCCGCAUUCCCUGUCUGCCUCCUUGCCGUCAACGCAGGGGGCCCUGCCAACCUCUUGGCUGUGGAAUAGCUCACUGCCGGGUGGCAAGCCCUUCUCCGUGGCGCCCUGUUGCUCAAGCCUGCAGAUGACACCCAGGUGCACCCAAACAGCCACACUGUCCAAGUCCCAGUCUGCUCCCAUCCGCUAAAGAGCCUUCCGGUCAGUUCUACAGCUCUUUCCCCCGGUGUAAGGCCAGAGGGUGUGGCAGGAUGGAGCCGAGGUUGAGGACAAUAGACCUGCGGGACAACCCUGUCUGUCUGCAGACUCAUGCCUCAGGGCCAGCCCAUCCUGGACAGUGGACGCAUCCUGCCCCUCCCCUGGGGACCACGUCUCCCUCAGGGGAACAAAUGCUGCAUCAUUUAGCCAAGAGAUCACGUUAAGUAACCUCACCUGAGGCAUGGGAAGAGGCACUUGCUUUGUGUGGGCUGGAAGUUCUCGGUGCCAGAAUACAUUUCAUGCAACCCUGCUGGGUGGCUGGCCACUUAGCGGGGCUCCCCCUAGACACACACACACACACACCCCACUUCACCUCUGGCAAGAGAGCUAGGUAGAUCAGAACCCUGGUGACAUCUGGACAGCACGGCGCAGGUUCCCUUGUCCCCGUGCCGCCACCCAGGUUCCUGCCGAGGUUACAGGCAAGAUGAAGGCCCUCCAUUUGGCCCCAUACCCAGCCACUCGUCCUGUUAUUGCUGGCUCUGCAAUCGACUACCUGUGCCUACGCGUUCACUCCGCCUAGAUCUGUUUGAGUAGGUAGAACCUGAGUCACAUCACCACGCACGCCGUGUCACCCGAGCUCCAGAGCGAAUCCUGUGACUGACCUGGAGAGACUGCCCUGUUCUUGUCUUGCCGUAGGUGCUGCGGCCCUGGCCUCGGUCACUCCCUCCAGCAGACGUCCCCAUGACUGGAUCACCGGUCGGUCCCCUGCUGUCCCUUCCGUCGGCCUUGCUGCAUGAGAAGAUAGUAGCUGCUUCCUCCCUCUUUUCCGACACUUGUUAAUUAUUGUUUUACAAUUGAGUGCCUUAAUAAUAGUUUACAAAUACUAUGUAUUUAUGCGAGAGGUUGAAGUCUCAUCGUUCGUGAUUGGAUACUGUGUCUCGUGGGUAGUGGUUGGCAUCGGGACUUUAGCCCGUCCUAUCCCGGGUCUGUGUUUAUUCUGCUAUGCAGUUUUACACUGUGCGUUCACGACUGUUCCAAGGAGCCUCGCUAGAAACAGCACGGGGUAAGUGUGGCAGCUCUUUUAGAAUUCGUCUGGCAGGUUUUCUGGUCCUCACUGGAAGACUCCCAUGCAAAAAAAAAAAAAAAAGAAAGAAAGAAAGAAACGGCACUGGUAGUUCCUGCAGGCAAGGCAGGCGUUGGUGCUGUAUCCCGUAGGAGCCGAUGAAAAAAUGUAAUUUGGUUUAUUGGCCAGCUGGGGGGUGGCACAUGCCGGGUGACCUCUGAACCAGAGCCCCACAUCUCACCCCUUGCCCCAGUUGCACGAUUGUACUCUUGUUUAAUAGAGAUUUUUAUUACCAACUAGGCCACCCUAUUUUUCCUCUUUGUUAAUGUCUUGAGCUCUUUUGCAACAAAAUGUAGGUACAGACCAAACCUCCUUCCUCCCCCCUCCAAAACCAGGAGCUCCACGAGAGGAGUCGUUCUUUGGUUUCUCAGAAGCUGCCGGUGGGUUCCCGUGUGUUGUGUUAGGAUAUCGAUGGGUUUUUUUAUUAUAUUGUUUUUCUUCUUGUUUUUUUUUAUAUUAUAUAUUUAAAAGGCAGUAUCUUUUGUACUGUGAAUUUGCAGUAGAAGAUGCAUAAUGCACUUUUUUUUUUUUACUUCUGUUGGUGUGUAUUGUAUAUAGUGUGUGUGCUUCUUGUGAUGGAAAUAAACUUUUUCUUUAUAAA